AUGCAGUUUUCAAUUUUUUUAGUUGGAGCAGCCUUGCUCGUGAACCAUGUCCCAGAAGCUGUUGAAAUAGGUAAUAAUGGUUUGAAAACAUUCAUUUUUUCAAGCUUUAAUUUUAGUGGAGGACUAUGAUGGAUCCGGUGAUUAUGUGUACUUGGAGGAGUCAGGAUUGAAACAAGCACAAAACUCUACUUUUGACGGCAGUGCAGAGGAGGUCAAAAUUAUUCAAACCGAGUUGCCAGGAAGUGGUUUAGGAGAGCAGCCUAUUCCAAGAACUUCUUCGGGCUCAAAUGAUGGACCUGCACUUGUUGAAUUGGUUACAGGAACUCUGGAAGGAUCAACGAUGCCUCCUAAAGAUCCGGUUGGAAUGGCGGAUGGUCUGACUGAUGAGCCUGAAGCAGUCGACAUGACCGGGCCAACAACUCCUUUUGAUAUCAGCUUAAUGGAAACUGGAUCACCAGAAGGGUCUACAAAAGAGCCGUACAUGCCAAAGCCAAAGCCGAAACCAAAUAAGGACAACAAUGGAACUCUGACAGACUCAAGUGAUUCUCCUCUAGUCACUUUGGAUGUUGAUGUCGUCACCGACUAUCCAGAAAACCCAAGUGAGAUGCCGGUUGAGAGCAUUGCUCCAGUUCAUUGGAAAACUACAACAACAAACAGAAUUGACUACACCAUCAGUCAGAAGAUUGAUGAGAACAGUGCGGGAUACCAGAAAUUGCUACACAUGCUGGAAGAUUUAAGCGUAAGAAGAAAAGAGGACACUACUGGCAGCAAUCAGACAGAAUUCUACAUUUCUCGAGCAUCAGUAGCGAUGGACACAAUCGAAAACGUACUGAUAGUCUUUCAAAGGUCGGAGAUAAAAUAUUUUGCAGACUUACACAAAUUCAGCGCUGGCAAACAUUACAUAUGCUCAGGAAUAUAUCAAAGGAUUGCUGGAUGACGCUUCCGAUACUGUAAUCUUCAGGUUCCUCCAUAUUGUUGUCCACUUCUAUCUUUUCAGGUUCGGCAAGGAUACACUCAGAUUGUGUCAUUGACCAACACUCCGAGUUUCUACUACAUUCCGAAAAAACAACGGUAUUUAAUGGUAAAUGAAAUCAUUACUGGUCUAGGAACUUCGGGACAGGAAGAGAUGAUGUCUCUGAAUAAACAGGCGAAGACGUAUUGUCAAAAUUCCAACGUCGAUACACCGCCUUACAGUCUUGGAAAUAUACUUGGAAACAAGUUGGCAAACGGUGCGAUCCUCACUAAAUAA